GUCUGUUUUCGUCGCCCGUUUCUCGCAGCCCAAAAUCAUAAAAAUCUGUCAUCCUGUGCUCUGUCUUUGUGGUGCCGAAUACGCGGAAAGUGAAAAUUUCUUCUAAAAAAUCAAUCGUAUCUGGCGAUUAUUGAACAGAUUCCUUUGUGCAAAGUUAUGGUUCAGUAAGAAACAAAGCCCAUAGAAUCUGCCGGUGGCAAAAACCGUCCCGUCUUCGUCGUGAAUCCGGUUCGUGGUGCACUGCUUUUGUCGAGUUGCUGGCCAAAAACAACACUCACACGAAUGACGUGGAGCAGGAUCCAAACGAAAGACAAUUAUAUUCGCAACAGUUUAUUAUAAAUAAUAUAAAGGUUCAUAUCCUGACUUGCAUGAGCAAGUGCUAAUCAAGUAUUUAAGAAGACAGAUCACAAAAUGUUCGAGAUAAGCGAUACGCAGAAAAUUGGUGUGGGCCUGGCCGGAUUCGGAAUUGCGUUUCUGUUCCUUGGAGUGCUACUGCUCUUCGAUAAAGGAUUGCUGGCAAUAGGAAACAUCCUCUUCAUAUGCGGACUCGCCUGCGUGAUAGGGCUGGAGCGGACGUUCCGGUUCUUUUUCCAGAAGCACAAAGUCAAGGCCUCGAUUGCAUUUUUCGGCGGCAUUUUGAUCGUGCUGCUGGGCUAUCCGUUGAUCGGAAUGCUCAUCGAAACGUACGGUUUCAUUCUGCUGUUCAGUGGAUUCUUUCCGGUGGCCAUCAACUUCCUGCGGAGGGUACCGAUUCUGGGCAACUUCCUCAACAUGCCCGGCGUCAGCAAGGUCGUGGAUCGACUUGCGGGAGACUCGAAUCGAACUACGGUAUGAUAGCAAUCUGGUCAAGCUCUUUUCUAGUGUCGGAUGACCACUUCGCCAGAUAAUGGAGGCAUCGUCGAGCAAGCCUUAUAUUUAUUUUAACAUUUUUGUGUCUCCCAAAAUAAUUAAAACAAAUUGAAACUCUAUUCAGAGGAGAUUAUACUGUAAUAAACCAAGAUACAAGUAUA